GACGCGUCUCAGGUUUUGGCCUGGAUGCCGGAAGCCGAGGGCGGGAGAGGUGCAGCGAUGCCGCGCAGGACCCCGGCUACAAAAGACCCCACAGCUGUAGAGAGAGCAAACUUGUUAAACAUGGCUAAAUUGAGUAUCAAAGGACUCAUUGAAUCUGCUCUAAGCUUUGGCCGCACUUUGGAUUCUGAUUAUCCCCCCUUGCAGCAGUUCUUUGUUGUUAUGGAACAUUGUCUGAAACACGGUCUUAAAGUAAGAAAAUCAUUUUUGAGUUAUAACAAAACUAUCUGGGGCCCCUUGGAACUGGUGGAAAAGCUGUACCCAGAAGCAGAGGAAAUAGGAGCCAGUGUCCGGGAUUUACCUGGUCUUAAGACCCCCCUGGGUCGUGCAAGAGCAUGGCUUCGAUUAGCCCUCAUGCAAAAAAAAAUGGCUGAUUACCUGCGUUGCUUAAUUAUUCAGAGGGAUCUCUUAAGUGAAUUUUAUGAGUAUCAUGCACUAAUGAUGGAAGAAGAAGGAGCAGUAAUUGUUGGGCUCCUGGUUGGCCUGAAUGUGAUAGAUGCUAACCUGUGUGUAAAGGGAGAAGAUUUAGACUCACAAGUUGGAGUGAUUGAUUUUUCCAUGUAUUUAAAGAAUGAAGAAGAUAUUGAAAAUGAAAGGGAUGUUCAAAUUGCUGCCAUAUUAGACCAGAAGAAUUACGUUGAAGAAUUAAAUAGACAACUGAACAGCACAGUCAGCAGUCUCCAUUCAAGAGUUGACUCUUUAGAAAAGUCAAAUACUAAGCUGAUUGAAGAGUUAGCAAUAGCAAAAAAUAAUAUCAUUAAACUCCAAGAAGAAAAUCAUCAAUUACGAAGUGAAAAUAAAUUGAUUUUAAUGAAAACACAGCAGCACCUGGAGGUUACCAAAGUGGAUGUGGAAACUGAGCUUCAAACAUAUAAGCAUUCUCGGCAGGGGCUGGAUGAAAUGUACAAUGAAGCCAGAAGGCAGCUUCGAGAUGAAUCUCAGUUAAGACAGGAUGUGGAAAAUGAGCUAGCGGUACAAGUUAGUAUGAAACAUGAAAUUGAACUUGCUAUGAAGUUGUUGGAGAAAGAUAUCCAUGAGAAGCAGGAUACUCUGAUAGGCCUUCGGCAACAACUAGAGGAAGUUAAAGCAAUUAACAUAGAAAUGUAUCAAAAGUUGCAGGGUUCUGAAGAUGGCUUGAAAGAAAAAAAUGAAAUAAUUGCCCGACUAGAAGAAAAAACCAAUAAAAUUACUGCAGCCAUGAGGCAGCUGGAGCAAAGAUUGCAGCAAGCAGAGAAGGCGCAAAUGGAAGCUGAAGAUGAAGACAAGAAAUAUCUACAAGAGUGUCAGAGUAAAUCCGACAAUCUGCAGAAACAAAUCUCCCAAAAGGAGAAACAGCUGGUGCAGCUGGAAACUGAUUUGAAGAUUGAGAAGGAAUGGAGGCAGACUUUGCAGGAAGAUCUUCAAAAGGAGAAAGAUGCCUUAUCUCAUCUUAGAAAUGAGACCCAACAAAUCAUUAGUCUUAAAAAAGAGUUCCUUAACAUCCAGGAUGAAAAUCAGCAGCUGAAAAAAAUAUAUCAUGAACAGGAGCAAGCUCUUCAAGAACUUGGGAACAAACUUAGCGAAUCAAAACUUAAAAUAGAAGAUAUAAAAGAAGCCAACAAAGCACUGCAGGGACUGGUUUGGUUGAAAGAUAAAGAAGCAACACAUUGUAAACUUUGUGAAAAGGAAUUCUCUCUCUCUAAGAGAAAGGUAAGGGAGAUAGGAAGUGAGUCCAAAGGACUUGAUGCAAACAUGGCUUCUAAUUUAACUCAGUUUUUUUCUUUGAUUUUUCCAUUUAAUAGCACCACUGUAGAAACUGUGGGGAAAUUUUCUGUAAUGCUUGCUCUGACAAUGAACUGCCUUUGCCUUCUUCACCAAAGCCAGUACGAGUUUGUGAUUCCUGUCAUGCAUUGCUGAUCCAGAGAUGCUCAUCUAAUUUGCCAUAAGACUCCAGAAUUAAGUCCUUGUGUAUGAAAGUACCUACAAUGAACGGUUAAUGUAUGAACCAUGUACAUGAUGUAUUUAGAUAGCCCUUCUUAAGCAGCUUUCAGACCGUAUUGGUAUGUUUUAUCUUCCAUGUAUUCAGUUCAUGGGAAUUAGAAGCUGUAGAAUAGCUCAGUUAUUCAAAAAGAACUUUCAACAGGGCAUGCUUUAAAAUAACUCGCUUAAUUCCUAAUUGAUGUAAUAAUCAUGUAACUUAUAAAGCCAAUAAAAAGGCCAGACAGCAGAACACACAUUUGCCUUAUUUUGUAAAGGCCUUCUUAAAAAUAGGGAUUCAGAUUCUUUUAUUCUGCAUAUUGUCAAGUUGGUAUUUGAUGGUGCCUGUAAUUUUAAUGCACUUUAAAGCUUCACAGUUCUCAGAUCAGAAAUGCAUUGGACUUUUUAGAAGUAUUAAUAUUCCAGUUGAACAGACUUUUCAUUAGCUUGCUAAGGUUUCAACCUUAAUUACUUGCCCAUUUUGCAUGAGAAAAGGCCAAUUGUUUUAUCCUAUAAAAUUUCCUUUUGGUCCUUUUCUAAUCAAUGUAUUUAUUUAUACUUUUCAGAUAUAGUAGGUUAAAGAGGUAUUAUUUUACCUCAACUUUUUCCUUAUUUUGAAAGGAAGUUAAACCAGCCUUUUACAUUAAGUUACUUGCACAACUUUCCAUAUGCUACACCUGACUCGCCAAAUUGCUAACUUUUUUUAGGGAGGGCUCACACCUCUUUAAAUUAAAAAGAAAAAAAAUCCAUCCCCAGAAAAAAAUGUUUAAUAGUAAGCGAUUACAGGCUCCUGACUGAUUCUCCUCUAAGCAUUAAAGGAGAAAUCUCAAAUAGUUUGCCUUUGAUAGGAUUUGAGUAAUGAAAAACUUUAUUCUAUUUCCAUUCCAGUAACUUUUAGGAAGCAUUACAAUGUACUGAUCCACUACUGCAGUUAUGUAUAGAGUGAAGUAUCAGCCCUGCCAUGAAAUACAUCAUCUGUUUCAAGCAUGAAAGAUUUAAUAAACACUAAUCCUGUUUUACCAUACUUGUAGCACACCAAGAAUAUGUAAAAUGUUACCUUUGUAUAAUUAAUCCUUUGAACAGCAUCACCACUUGGGAGAUCCUUUUUUCCCCCCACUUUGGUAUUAACUUCAGCCAUGGACUUUAAGUCUGUGAACCUUAACAGGUUAGAUAGGAAUCUUUGGUUACUCCCUAGCAUUACAUUUAGUGAAUUACUCAUGUCCACCCUCCUCCCACCUAAGAUGGGGUAACUUAUUCUGCAGGAUCCUUUCCUCAGAGUACAUAUAUUUUCACUAGGGUUUAAAAUUAAUUUUCAAAAUUGUCGAAGUGUGAAACCAGGAUUUUGAGGAUUUCUUUUCUCCAUAUCCAGUUAGCUUUUGAGGUCUUCAGUUAAACUGCUGUACAGAUUUUUAGGUGGUCUUUCUUGAAUGCCAACAGAAAUACUGUCAAGAGAAUUAUAUUCUUGAACUGUUUUGUACUGAUGGGAUGAUUAACAUUUUUAUGAUUGUUAAAAAUGAGAAUAAGCAAAUGAAAUUUCAAAUACUAGGUUUUUUAUUACUGUGCUUAUUAGUACAAAUCUUAAAAUAUGAUUUUGCUUAAAUUCCAAAGCUGGGUUUCACUCAACAAUUAAAACCAUGAUUUUCAGUUCCCCCUUAAAUUCUUUGUUAUUCAAAACUCGUGUUUAAUCACCAUUGACUUUUGGGCUUUUUGUAGUCAAGCUUUUAUGACAGCAAUACAAUUUGCUUCAUUUAGUUUGGGCUCUUAUUUAAAAGCCAUUUAUACUAAAUGUUGGAUUUUGUUAUAAAACUUCCAGUUUGUAUUGUGAACCUACACUUUCUAAUCUUCAAGAUUUGCCCUCAUAGAAAGUAUUUAUCUUAAUGAAUUUCACAUACCAUUCCCUUGUCUAGCCAGUACUACCACAAUAAUGCUAUCAUGGUGCCAAGGAAUUGUGACUGUAAUUCUUCUACUCUGCAAUGUUUUAAAAUAAAAUGUGAAUUUUAUAAACCAAAUAAAAGAUAUGAAAAAAUUA